AUGGAAUGGUCGCUGUUCGAAGACCUUCUUUGUUUCUUGCAGAAAGAAGAGCUUGUGUUGAAGGCUUUGCGUGCCACGAAUUUGAAAGCAUGCUUGCGGACAGGGACAGGCACCAAAGGAUACGAAGCAAAUGCAGAGCGAGCCAAGCAUUAUAGAAUUUACAAUAAGAUUGAGAAGUCAGUAACGGCUGACCAAAAAGCUACUCUAAUGGAUUGGGAACGAAGGCUUUGCAGUGAGGCGGAGGACAUUGAUUUUGCGCGGUUGCUUGCCAUAUUUGCAAGCCGUGAGAAGCAAAUGAGAAAACCGAGCCCCGAAGCAUGCUUCAACAGCAACCUGAGCAAUACAGACAAGGACUUAAAGUUUUGCCGAAAUUUCUUCAAACGCAAAAAAACAAGUAUGACAGAUGAACAGCAAAAGGUUGUGGAUGAAUGGGAGGAGAAGAUUUGUGGCGAUGGUGCGGGGUUAUGUCCUGCCAUCGAGGCAGAUUUUGCACGUUUUCUAACUGUACUUGAAAACCGUGAAGAUGACUUGCGACAAAUGCAAAAAACAAGUCUCGAAGCAUGUUUCAACAGCAGCCUGAGCAAUACAGACAAGGACUUAAAGUUUUGCCGAAAUUUCUUCAAGCGCAAAAAGACAAGUAUGACAGAUGAACAGCAAAAGGUUGUGGAUGAAUGGGAGGAGAUCAUUUGUGCCGAUGGUGCGGGGUUAUGUCCUACCAUCGAGGCAGAUUUCGCACGUUUGCUUACUAUACUUGAAAACCGUCAAGAUGACUUGCGACAAAUGCAAAAAACAAGUCUCGAAGCAUGUUUCAACAGCAGCCUGAGCAAUACAGACAAGGACUUAAAGUUUUGCCAAAAUUUCUUCAAGCGCAAAAAAGCAAGUAUGACAGAUGAACAGCAAAAGGUUGUGGAUGAAUGGGAGGAGAUCAUUUGUGCCGAUGGGUUUGCAGAUUUCGCACUCUUGCUUACUAUACUUGAAAACCGUCAAGAGUACUUGCGAAAAAUCCGAAAAGCAAGUCUCGAAGCAUGUUUCAACAUUAGCCUGAGCAAUAGAGACAAGGACUUAAAGUUUUGCCAAAAUUUCUUCAAGCGCAAAAAAGCAAGUAUGACAGAUGAACAGCAAAAGGUUGUGGAUGAAUGGGAGGAGAUCAUUUGUGCCGAUGGUGCGGGGUUAUGUCCUGCCAUCGAUGCAGAUUUCGCACGUUUGCUUACCAUACUGGAAACUCGUGAAGAUGACUUGCGACAAAUGCGAAAAACAAGUCUCGAAGCAUGUUUCGGGACACGUGUCAGCAAUGCAGACAGUGAUCUUGGUUUUGGACGGAACUUUUUCCGUCGGCAGAAAGAUAUGUUGACGGAUGAGCAGCGCAAGGUUCUUGAGGACUGGUCUUCCAAGAUUUGUUCCCAUGAGCAUGUUGAUGACGGUUUUCGGCGCUUCCUUGCAACUUUGCAUGCUCGAGCACAGGAGCUGUUUGCCUUGCGCAAAUGUGACCUGAAAGGCAUCUUUUCGUCCCAUAUUUGCAAAAAAGAUUCGGAGUUGAAAUUUUGUCAAAACUUUUGGCGGCGCAGUGCAGAAAAAUUGAGUGCCGAGCAAAAGGAACAAGUGGAGGAUUUGAAAGCAGGAAUUCUUUGGCCUCAUGCGCAAGACGAUCGUGCGGCGUUGCGGCCCGCGGUUGUGAGGAUGUUGGACAAAUUUGAAAACAUACUUGCACGCAGAGGCGCAGAUUUUCGCGGCUUUGGGGCUGCAAGUGUUUAUGGUCUGUUUACCGGGCACGCGAAGAAAUCUGAUUCUGAGGGCAGGGCUUCCGUGCUGCAGCACAACCUGCCAGCGCCCGAAGCAGAGCUGGUGCGGCCGCCGCCCAUUCCGCCGCGACCCAUGCGGCAGCCAGGUGUCUCCAGUGCUGCCUUGCGUUUGCCGAAAAUGCCCAUCAUCCUGCAGCCUGAAGAUGAAGUUGACUUGCCUGAAACUCACAGCAAGAGCAGUGCCAUCAGCGUCUUCACGUCGCGGCAACUCCCAUCCUGGUUGACGUCCAAGGGACGCGGAGCUCAAUCGAAACUUGACUUGGACCUUGAGCUGGACUCGGACGAAAUCUCGGAGUUGGAGAAGAACCAUGUCAACCUCAAGCGACGUAGGACUGUGCAGCCGUGGUUGGAGUCUGUGGAUUGGAUCGAAGACGUGUCCUACCGAGCGGCUUUGAGGAAUUUACAGAAGCAGUUCUACCGAGGCAAGACUCAAGAGGAAGAGGCUUGGGGAUUUCCGCAAGCGGUUCAACAUCACCGCCAUGAACGGAAGAAAAUCACCAACCCCAGCGCGUUGGAUCGAGUGGCUGAGAGGAACUUGAGCAAAAAGAUGCACGGCUUUAAGCUCCAGGAGCCUCCCGAUGUGGCGUCAAUGGCGUCCCAUCAAUGGCCCGCCAGCCGACCCUGCAAGAGCUUGGGCCGCGGCCGGCCGCGCUCCAAGGCGGAGAAAACAAUGGAAUGCAUUGUGGCGAAUCGGGGUGUGCAUUUUCGUGGCUUACCUGAUCGUUUGCUGUACCAAGAGCCCUCUGUCGCGACAUCUGGAACUGAAGUCACAGAGGUACCGGAGGGCUGCCUGGGCGACUUUCAGGGCGCCAGCGCGCUGCGGCGCUUCCGGCGCAAGAUGCUGGAGCGCUUCGCUGGGGCGGAGGAGGCG